CCUAUAUACGAAGCCAAGCCUCUAGGGUUGCUUGAACGGUCUGACGUCAUCUAAGUCGUCAUUCCUACCAUCUUCCUCGUGGCAAAGAAUGAAAGAAUAUACUUCGGUGUCGUAGCGUAGUGAACUGACUGUUGUUUGAAAGUGUAGUGUGCUCUAAUAGAACAUUUUUCAUUUAAAUUACUUUAUUUAUUUUUUAUUAUGCCACAUAAAUGCUGUGUUGCAACAUGCAAAGGAAAUUAUAAGAAUGGCCCGAAGGUGGCUGUAUUUAGUUUUCCUACGGAAGAACAACUGAGAAAACAAUGGAUUUGGAACUGCAAACGAAAAGAUGGAUUCAAGCCUACGAAACAUUCAAAGGUGUGUGAACUUCACUUCAAGCAAGAGGAUGUUCUGAGGCAAACUGAAUUCUUUGAUGAGAAAACUGGAAAGAAGAUCAUUAUACCAUUGUCAUAUCCUCGUUUAAAGAAUGGUGCAAUUCCAAGUCUGUUUCCUGAUGGUCCGAGUCAUCUUAGUUCCAGUGUUUCAUCAAGGGAAUCACCAGAGCAUAAAAGACUCAAAAGAGAACAAGAUGCACUCGAAAAAGCCUUAGCCUGUAGCUUAGCUGAAAAGGAAGAGUAUGAACGAAAACAAAUGUUUUAUAAUUUAGAUGAACUAAAAAUUUGUUUUAAUACUGUGAAUUUACCAGAUAACUGGAUAGUUAUACACAGGCCUAUACAUACUAUGAUUCUUAAUAUUUCUAAUGACAAUCAUCCAAGAAUUCUAAAAUCAUUAUUGAUUGAUUGUAAUUUGAAUAUAUCUGUAGCAAUUAGAAAUAUACCUAUUAAAUCACUGAAGCAAUAUGUAAUCCCAUCAAAAAUUAACAACCUUAAAGAUCUUUUAAGUAUUUUAGAGAAAUUAGACCUAUUUGCCUCAAAUGAUUCAUCUGAAGACAGUAUUCAAAAUUAUUUACAAAUUGUAAAUGAAUUAAUGACAAUUUUAAAAGAGAAAAUUCCACAUAAAAACAAUGAAAUAAAUUUUCUCGUUGAGCAACUAUCAAACUUGAAUUCAGAAAAACAACAAUAUAGGUAUUCUGCAGACUUUCUAAUAUUUUCCACUUUACUUCACACACAAUUUCACCACAUUUUUGAUGAUGCUUCACAUAUUGAAACUGCAUCUUUUUCUUGUAUUAAAAAAUUACAUGAAUCUGAAUCUGAAACUGGGGUUCAUAAAAAUAAUGUAUUUGAAACACCUUUCACUGUGGCAGAAAAUGAUGAAAAAUAUGUUUUUAUGAAUAACUUUUUGAAUUGGCUAGAUAGUUGGAAAAAUUUGAAUUUAACCUCUGGUUGCCUAACCAAAGAAACUCACUUUGCAGUAUACCAUACAACGUAUGCUUUAAUUGAGAUAUCAAGGUAUUGUAUAAAUGAGUUGGGUUUUAAAUACCUUUUACUUGGAAAAAUACAAACAGAUAUGUUAGAGGCUAGAUUUGGUAAGUACAGGCAACUGGCUGGAGCUCACCAUAAUAUUUCUAUCAGACAGGUUUAUGAAAUAGAGGGUAAAUUAAGACUUCAGAGUACAUUACCAACCCUAAUAAAUUCUUCAAAAUUUGGAAAUAUUCCUCUUCAUGUAUCUGAUUUUAAAGACACUGAAGAACAAACUUUUGAUGACACUGAUGUACAAACAUUCAUAGAUGAAAUAACAGUUGAAGAUAGUGAUAUACACAACAUAAAAUUGGAUGUACCUAUUUUGACUUAUAUAUAG